AUGAAUCAGAACAAUGAUUUCGCGGAUGGUGCGGCGUCUCCUUCUAGUGGCUCAGGCUACGCGCUGAAUCACAUGAUCAGUUAUGGUGGUGAAGAUAACAUCGCUCAAGUUCAAGACCAGCGAGCAUCACAUAUCCUGACUCGUAACGAACUGCGCGCCGAGGCCGCGUCCAAUACAGCGCUCGCCCAGCGGAUCAUCAAGGACUUCUGCGACUCGAGCGAGCGGCUGGAGCAGAUUAGGGCUAUGGUACCUACACCGAGUGGCUUACAGUACUGGGUCCAGGACUCCAUGACCGGAAAGGCUAUUAUCGUGGCUGAGUGUGUCUGCCUCUUGAGGUACGCACCCGGAUACAUCUUGCGUGUUCCGCGAGACGUGCGAUUAGCGUUCGAAGCCCUCUGGACCCUCGAACUCAUAAAUAACGCUAUGUUCCACAGUCUUUCGGGGUAUAUACGAUACAUUGAAGCCCAACAGACUACGCAGGCCGUCCAAACUUGUCGACUAAUACCGCAUAUUCCACUCCGCCGCGAGGUUCAGAUUGUUGUACCGCAAGGACCUAGAACAUCUGGCGUCCGUUCUAGUGGUUCCGCUGGUAUUCAUCGGUACGAGUGGCCGGAGUCUCGUAAGCUUGCCUGGCUUGCCAUCACCCCACGUCUUCGAAACCUACCUGAGAAGGCUUUGGAAUCCUCGUAUUGUCCCUUCAACAGCGUGGCGCUGUGGGAGCACGUUGAGCUCCGACUAAUUGGACCCAACAUUCAGGUGACCCUUGUGGAGAUUGCUGCGUUCUUUCCUCGAGCAGCAUCAUGUUGGAGAGCUCUCUGGAAGCGCUUCGAGGCGGGCGGAUGGAAUCUUUAUAGGCUACGCGAGCUCAUCUUCUACCUCCGCCAACUCAGCUCAGCCGACCUGCGGGCUCACUCCGCUGGUAGUAUGAAGAAGCACCAAAGAGCUGCCCGAAGUCACCCCUGCGCCACCGCCGGUCUUACGCUCGCUGGCAUCAACACCGAUCGUGUAAACUUAACCACUGAGUUCUGCGAUCUUCGCGACUGCUUUCUUGUCAGCCUGGCUGAUGGCCUAGUAUACUGGCCUGAAGGAGCGGACUCAGGGGUGCUAACCCUUGCUGUCUGGCAUGCUCGCCAAUAUGGUCAUGAUAACGUACGACUAUCUCAACUUGAGCGUUACGUUGAACAAGAGGAUCUGAACAGACAGUAUGGUGGCCUUCCACAGCCUAGUCCCCUCGGCGCCGCUCAGACUGAUUGGCGGGCUCUGGAGCGGAUCUUUCCGCAGCAGACUUAUGAUGCGUCCCGCAUUCAUGAUCCAACGUAUGAUUUCGUCCGGAAGUGGUGGGUAGCGGGAGGGUAUUUUCAUCAAGACUAA